AUGGUACUCUUAAGCUCCUCCACAGUCGCCACGCUCUUCAUUUCAGUCAUCACUCUUCUAUGCACGUUCGGCAUAUUUAUAGCGGGGUACGCGCUGCAGCAACACUCAGUACGAAAUAUAGAACGAGAUUUUCGAUCGCUAGAUUCAAUGCAAGCAGAUUAUGAACACAUGACAUACGAUACGAACAAGGAACAAUCGAUACUGGACCCAGAGACAGGCGAGCUAGAGACAUGGAAUCAAGGCAACUUUGCAUAUUUGCAGCUUCUCUCUGAGCCUAAUCCUGCGAGUAUCUGCUCGACAAUCGCGCUUUACAAGAAAUUGGUCGAAGGCGGCUCAACGAUACAAGAUCGCCUGUUUAUGUACCCGCAAGAAUGGGAUUUGAUCAUGUCCACAGAUCCCGUCGUCAACAGAGCCCUGUCCUUUCUACGGGAAGCGAGCAAACUUUAUAAAUUCUGGCUAUUACCGAUCGAUAUGAACCUCGUCAUCGAGCAAGGAUAUUCGCUUACAGACUCAAAAUUGCUGCGCAUAGGCGAGCUUCAAUUCAUGGCCUACGACAGCGUCCUAUACCUCCGAACGCCGGGCCUACUACUUGAUGCACAGGAACUCGACAAGAUGAUCUUGACGCGCCCUCUACCCAUGAAAUACGAACCCAAGCGUCAAGAAUCGUACCGGAACGCGGCGUGGAUCGGCAUGCCUUUGCGCGCCCAUGAUGAAGCGAAGAUACCGCCCGUAUAUCUGCUAUCAGUGAAUACGAUGCGAAAUAGGGUGGAAGCACGCACGCACGUUCCCAAUGUCGCGCUUCGAGGCUUUGGAGAUCUUGCUGCGGGGCCGAAUUUUGUGAAGGUCACGGGCAAGGAUCCGGCAUAUGUGUUUUUUGACUGGGAUGAGGAUGGCCGGAUACAGCAGGAGAAUAACACAUACUAUGAGCUGUGGACGCAGGAGGUGGGCGAGGUUUGUGUGGGACUUGAUUUGAGUCUUUACUAA